AAGCUGAGUACAGUGAAUAGCAACCUACGUGUGCUCUACCCCAGGUGUUUUAUUUCGGGUCAGUGGGUCGUCCUUACUAAAUACAAGCAAAGGUUACAGAGAAAAGAGAGUCUUAGUCUACUACUCAUCACGCUCACCCCGCCCGAUGGUAACAAAUCUUUUGUUUGCACAGUCUUCGAACUCCAUUGCCCUCGCCCGCCCACAUUUUUUUCGGGGCUCCAAAUGCCUUGUUCGUUCGGCCCGAUGGACUGUCGGAGAGCGCAGCUCCAAAUCCCGUUGAGGAUGAUUAUAAUCGGGUUCCUCUUGGUCUUGUUGAUGUCUGCAAGAGGUUUUUCUGCUUCUCUAAAUGAGGAAGCUCAGGCGCUCCUGUCAUGGAAAAACACUCUCAAUGGCUCUGUUUCAGCAUUGAGCUCAUGGCAAGAGAGCGCCCCGGACCCCUGUUCUUGGGCCUGGAUAACAUGCUCCCGGGAUGGUUUUAUCACAGAGGUGAAUAUACAGAACACCCAAAUUGCAGGCAAAGUGCCUUCCCAAUUUGGGGCUCUCAAGUCCCUGCGCUCGCUUGUGAUUUCAUCCACAAAUCUGACUGGAACGAUUCCUUCAGAGAUCGGAAGCUAUGGCAGCUUGGAGCUUCUAGAUCUAAGUGGAAACAGUUUGGGGGGAACAAUUCAGCCCGAGAUUGGCAAGCUGAAGGCUCUGAAAAGCCUGAUUUUGAAUUCCAAUCAGCUUCAGGGGAACAUUCCAUCCGAGCUCGGGGAUUGCAGUAGUCUUGUGAAUUUAGUAAUCUUCGAUAACCUGUUGAGCGGUGGGAUUCCCCGAGAGCUCGGUCGGUUAUCUGGAUUGGAAGUUUUCAGGGCGGGGGGCAAUCCGGGGAUUGAAGGAGAAUUUCCAGAGGAGCUUAGUAAUUGCACUGGUUUGGUCACUCUGGGUCUUGCAGAGACCAAUAUUUCAGGCCCAAUUCCUCCAUGGUUUGGCUUGAUGCAGAACCUCCAAACUUUGGCUGUUUAUGAUGCCCGUUUGACGGGUCCAAUCCCGCCGGAACUGGGCAAUUGCUCAGAGCUUGUGAAUCUGUAUUUGUAUGGUAAUGGCUUGUAUGGGUCCAUACCAGGGGAGCUCGGGCGGCUGCAGAAUCUUGAGAGGAUUCUUCUGUGGCAAAACGAUCUCUCGGGUAGCAUUCCGCCCGAGCUCGGGAACUGUUCUUCCUUGAAGGUGAUCGAUCUGUCCAUUAAUUCAUUGCAUGGCAGCAUUCCCAGUACUCUCGGUAACUUGCAGGGGCUGUUGGAGAUUCAACUCAGUGAUAACAAUAUCACUGGUUGGAUUCCCUCGGCUCUUGCGAAUUGCAGCAGUUUAACUCAGAUUCAGUUCGACAAUAACCAGCUGACAGGUCCCAUUCCUGAAGAGCUUGGAGAAUUGAAGAACUUGACCCUGUUGUUUCUGUGGCAAAACCGGCUUCAAGGGAGAAUUCCGUUGACUCUGGGCGGCUGUGAAAAGCUUCAGGCGGUCGACCUGUCGCACAAUCAGCUCACCGGAGCCAUUCCUGAGACCAUAUUUCAGUUAAAAAAUCUGACCAAGUUGAUGCUUUUGAACAAUGAUCUGACCGGAAUGUUGCCUCCAGAGAUCGGAAACUGCACCGCCCUGGUCCGGCUUCGUCUCGGUCACAACAAUCUGAUGGACCCAAUUCCUCCCGAGAUCGGCAGGCUGGAAAAUUUGGUCUUUCUUGAGCUGGGAAGCAAUCAUUUCUCAGGGCCCAUUCCCUCGCAGAUUUCAGAUUGUUCUCAGCUUCAGAUGCUGGAUCUCCACAACAAUAGGCUGUCAGGCGUCCUGCCUUUCACACUAGGCUUAUUAACCAGUCUUCAGGUCGUCGACGUGUCGGGCAACAAGCUCACAGGGACGAUUCCUCUGUCAUUUGGGAAUCUCAGUCGGCUUAACAAGCUCAUGCUUAAUUCAAACGACUUAAAUGGCAUUGUACCCUCUGAGAUAAGUCAGUGCAGCAGUUUACAGCUCCUGGAUUUGAGCAACAAUCGCUUCACAGGUCACAUUCCUGUAGAGAUUGGGAAUCUGCAAGAGCUAGACAUAGCAUUGAAUCUGAGCUGGAAUUACUUGUCUGGUCCUAUUCCAUUCCAGUUCUCGGGGCUCACCAAACUGGCAUAUUUAGAUCUGUCACAUAACAUGCUCUCUGGGAACUUGUCUGGAUUAGCCCAGCUCGAAAAUCUGGCAUCUCUGAAUGUCUCAUUCAAUAACUUAUCUGGGCCACUUCCGGGUACGAAUUUCUUCAGAAGUCUGCCUGCAAGUGCCCUGGCUGGCAAUACGGGUCUGUGCAUGUCUGCGAGCUCUUGUUUUGCCACUGACUCCGUGCCAGAGACUCCUGUCGGACAGAAUGUGAGGCUGGUAAUAAGCAUUCUUUUCAGCAUCACAGCAUUAAUGCUGGUUUUGGGGCUGUUCGUGGUAUUAAAAGGCCGUAGGAGGGCCGGUCUGGAAGACGCAGAGGAGGCAGAGUCCGUAUGGGCAUGGCAUAUGACGCCAUUCCAGAAGCUCAGUUUCUCCGUGGCAGAAGUCAUUAAUGCUCUGGUCGAUACGAACGUCAUUGGAAAAGGGUGUUCCGGUGUGGUUUACAAGGCCCAAAUGACGAAUGGAGAAGUUGUCGCAGUGAAAAAAUUGUGGACCUGCAAACAGGCCGACCAAGCCGAAAAACGAGAUUCUUUCUCCGCAGAAGUGAGGACACUGAGUUCAAUCCGCCAUAGAAACAUUGUACGGCUCCUCGGGUGCUGCACAAGCAGGAGGUCGAAGCUUCUCAUAUACGACUAUAUGCCCAAUGGUAGCCUGGGUGGCCUCCUCCAUGAGAAGAGAAGUAUGCUGGAUUGGGAGAUUAGAUACAAAAUAGUUCUUGGGGCUGCUGAGGGGCUGGCCUAUCUGCAUCAUGACUGUCGCCCGCCCAUCCUUCAUCGCGACGUUAAGGCCAACAACAUAUUGCUGGGCACCCAAUUCGAGCCUUAUCUUGCAGAUUUUGGCCUUGCCAAGCUUGUCGACUCUUCUGAUUUCACCCGCUCUUCCACUACCGUUGCUGGGUCAUAUGGCUAUAUUGCUCCAGAAUAUGGCUACACCAUGAAGAUAUCGGAGAAGAGCGACGUGUACAGCUAUGGAGUGGUGCUCCUAGAGGUGGUGACAGGCAAACAGCCCAUCGACCCAACGAUCCCAGAAGGAGUCCAUCUGGUCGACUGGGUUCGACAAGCCCUACAAAACAAAGACAGAGAACCAGUCGAAGUGGUUGAUCCACGACUCCAAGGCCGACCAAACACACAGAUUCAAGAAAUGUUACAGGCUCUGGGCGUGGCAUUUCUCUGCGUGAAUUCCAAUCCAGAAGAGCGACCCACCAUGAAAGAUGUGGCCGCAAUGCUGAAGGAAAUCAAACAAGAGCCUUACGAAGACUGUAAAAUCUCCUCGACCAGUCAUCUCAUCAAACAAUCACCUGACGCCGACCGCCAUCCUGCAUUGAACUCAUCGUCUUCCACUUCCUCAUCGUUUCACAUCUACUCGCCAACCUCAACAACCCACCAACAUUCUCAAUCAUGAACUUGUUUUCUUCCUCACGUAUACAUAGAUACGCAUUCAAUAUGUAUCUCAGAGAACCUCCUCUUGAAAUUUAAUUUCUCCCCACUGAGACUCCAGGAGCACAUGAUUACAAUUGCUCUACUGUAUUUUAAUGUUGUAUUAUUUGCAAGAAUCGAAUAUAAUGGCGGUUUGCUGUUUAAGCUCAUUCAAACACGAGCAAUUUGAUUCCUUGUCGUAAUCUCUGGGCCUCUGGUGUCUCUAUACGUCUUAUUCUUGCUUGUACGCUACUGAGUUUUUUAUAUAUUUUAUUUAUGCUAGAGUCAUAUUCCUGGACUGAAUAUAUCCCAUUCUUUUUA